AUGUUGCAGCAAAUUGCAGCACGUUGCAAGCUGCCGAGCAACACGAGUAGAGCAGAAAAAGGAUCGAUAAAUCAAGACAAUCAAUCACGAUCCCAUACAUCAUAUCCAAACCCAUCAUUCAUCUCAGGAAGCCCAGAAACAGUGUUUCAAUCUGACAACCCGCUCCAUUCAUCCGUUCUCUGCCAGAACAUGGAUACUUUCUCCAUUUAUUUUUGCCGAGAAUUUGAGAACGCUCAUGCUUUAAUUCGCUUUGUCUACGCUGAGAUUCUUGAUCAUGACUCUAUGAUGACCAGCUUUUCCGUUGCCGAUGCGGUCAACAAAAGGGAAGGAAAAGAUUCUACCUCUCUUAAACUUCCCUAUUCUCGUCUGCACUUCAUUCCUUCCCACAACCCCGCUCUCUUCCGCCCAUCCUCAACUCCCACGAACAAAGUAAACACCCGCGAUACGACACUUCGGAUUCUGGCAUUCAUGUUCUGCCUGUGGAUAUGGCGAUUGAUUCCAUUCCGCGGCUCUUUUUCUCCAGCACAACGGGUGCAUUUCCACCAUAGACAUUCCAUUGACAUUAAGAGAUCUAGUAUCGGAGGGAAUGGGGAAAAUUAUGGGGAGGAUAAUGUUGUCGGGGAUGGUCGGUGCAGCGUUUCCAUCAGGAAGUAG